AAGGUUUUUUCUAUUUUUCUUCAAAUUCGGGUUUUAUUUUGAGUUUCGGUAGCAUGCAGGACGUUUUAACUUCGUGUGAACAGUGUUCUCCAGUGUUCGGUUCUUGUCGGUAACAUUUUUAAAAAUGCAGACGGUGAAGGUCGGGUGUUUGGCGCUGGCCUCGUCCAGAGCUGUCGUCUUUAGAAGCAGACUUGUGUUCGUCAAAGUUGCUGCGGUUCUGCCUCAGACUCGCUUCCGUCAUGGAGGCGCAACACCCCAAGAAGAAGAAACAACCGUUAUUCGUGUGCCGCGAUAUCUGCAGAGACAAGUGGAAAAAGUAAAAGAAGCUCGAAAGAAAAGCAAGAUCGGCACCGUAAAACCUGGAAAGAUCCUGAUCCAGAGCAGAAAUCCGGUCCUGAACCAGAGCGCCAGGUACGUGCUGGGAAAGUUCGAGGAGCCCACGCUUUGCUCAAAGGGAUGGAAGCAUAACAAGGCGUUUGGGGAUUAUUUUAUCAUCAAUAACACCAAGGAUGUGGCGCCCUACAUUCCAGGAAACCAUAGGAAGGAUGAAGAUAAACCAUCAGUGACAUUUAACAAACUCCACAUCUGCAAAGAGCUGGUGGAAGCUUUAAAUAACAUUGGGAUCACCCAUCCUACCACUGUCCAGCUGCAGACCAUCCCAAAGGUCAUGAAAGGUCACAACAUCCUUUGUGCUGCAGAGACAGGCAGCGGGAAAACUCUGAGCUACCUGCUGCCGAUAGUUCACAGGCUGCAGGCGGAUAGGCAGGAUGAAAUCUGCGACAUGGAGACGGACAGGAUUCGAGCUGUUGUCGUCGUUCCUUCCAGAGAGCUCUCGGAGCAGGUGUCCACUGUGUCCAGGACUCUGUGCGCCUCCUUUGGACUUCGCACACAGACUGUGGGUGGUGGGAGAGGUGUGGGACACAUCAAGGCUGUCUUCAAGAACAACCAUCCAGAUAUUCUGGUGGCAACGCCUGGUGCUCUGGUCAAAGCCCUGCGAAGACACUGUUUGAGUUUGGAUGCCCUGAACUUCCUGGUGAUUGAUGAGGCCGACACCAUGUUUGACCCGAGUUUCUCUGAUAUGCUGGAGAACAUCCUUUCCCACACGAACAUCGCAAGCGACCCCCAGGAAACGUGUGGUCUUGGUGGGAAAACUCAGUUAAUCGUGGUUGGAGCGACCUUCCCGGGCGGCGUGGGGGAGCUACUCAGCCAGGUGACAGAUCUCGGCAAAAUGGUGACCAUCAAGAGCAGAAUGCUGCACUGCCUCAUGCCGCACGUCAAACAGACUUUUCUUAAAGUGAAAGGUGCAGACAAAAUCCUGGAGCUCCAUCAGGCGUUGAAGCAGCUCCAGGGUGAGAAAGGAGGUGGAGCGACUCUGGUAUUCUGCAACAAGUCAGCCACAGUUAACUGGUUGGGCUACUCACUCGAGGAACUGGGGGUUCGGCACGUUCGACUGCAAGGUGAGAUGCCUUCUGCCGUGCGUUCUGGAAUCUUCCAGUCUUUCCAAAGGGGGAAGGUGGAUGUUCUGAUAUGCACAGACAUCGCUUCACGAGGCCUGGACACUUCCAAGGUGCGUCUAGUCGUCAACUACGACUUUCCAGAAUCCCACACGGACUACAUCCACAGGGCGGGGAGAGUGGGUCGAGCUGGAGGGAUGGAGGACGGGGAGGUGCUCAGCUUUGUCACCCAUCCCUGGGAUGUGGAGCUGGUGCAGAGCAUUGAAACUGCUGCUCGGAGGAGAACCACCUUACCAGGGAUGGAAUCGGAAAUUCAUGAACCAAAGGCCAAAGUAGUCGAUACUGAAGAGUAGAUUUUUGUUUGGAUUUUUUUACAUAAAUAUAUGCAAUAAAUAUUUUGAUGCAGGAACAAUUAUUUUAAAUAAAAGUGAAUUGCAUUGCUCAGUCUUAGUCCUAUUCCUUUAGAAGUUGUUUAAUAGAUCUAACAUAUGAUAUACACGUUCUUACCUUCUCUUACUUUAAUCCUAAAAAAACUGUCAAACAUUGGGUACACAGUAAAUUAUAUUUUUAUAAUAGUAUUGGAAAAUCUGUGUGUAGAAAUGUUGGAAAUGUUAGAGAACUAAGUCACAAAAUUAAUAAAUUUUGAGUGGAUUAGUUAAUUUAUCCAUUUCAUGUUCAGUGUUCUGUCCAUUUUCAGAAUCCGCUAAAUUCCUUUCAGAGACUCAAUGUUGCUCGGCAAAGGCAGGGUACACUCUGAACAUGUUACCAGUCUAUUGCAGGGCCACAGACUCGCAUGCACACCUGGGGAUAAUUUAAAGGCACCAAUCAACCUUUGAAACAUGCUUUGGGAAUGUGGGAGAUAGCUGGAGAAAAUUAUUAAUUUGCACAACAUUUUCUAUGUAACAGUACCCUAAAAAUGUAUGUAAUUUUUACAGU